AUGACGCUCUUUAACUUGCUGAAGAGCCCCCUGAUUGCACCGCACCCCAGCCGGCCUUCCCUCCGUUUAUUCACAACAAUCCAGCUGUACAAGCCAUCAAAGUUUAAACGCAUAACGAGGAACCUCUAUUUUAGGAAAAAACUAUUCAAACUGCUUACGACCAAGCCACGCUCUGAAGAAGUAACCAAGGGGGGCAACGAAGUCCAGCGGAAGGCAGACGAGGAGGCAGUUUUCUAUAACGACAUAGUUGAUUACCCCACAAGAAAAAGACGCAUUUACAUGAACAAUAAAUUUGGAGUAGACGAUAAGGUUAAAAAAAAAAAUGGAGAAAAACCAAGCCUUGAAAAAGUCCUAUUUAAAUGUACCACCUUGGGGUACAUAGAGUUACAGCACAUCAUAUCGACCUUUGUGAGCCACGAAAAAGGUACUUUCACAGGUGAAGAUAUAUGCGCCUUAGAUAAUUUCCUCAACCUACCGGAAAAAGAAAUUUUCAAUUACUUGAGUGGGGAUGAACUGAUGCCACAACAUCACUUGGACGCAUCGGUAAUAAAGCGCUUACUACGAUUUGUCCAUGUGAACCACCCCCAUCUUUGA